GCUGGAAAAGUUGGGUUCGUCCUGGCGGACGUAAAAUUUCAGUUGUUCCGUUACAGACGACCGGAGUGAAAGUGUGUGCGCCGGGGUUUGCCGCGAUUCGGGGGCGACCUGCCAAAGUUUUGCCGUGAUUUCGCGCGAAAAUUUAAUUAAAUCUCCUCCCCCCAAACAACAAAAAUCCGAACGAAAUUAAGGAGAAAACCCCGUCUUGACCUACAUCCGCGCAGAGGACUACCAAUUAAAGCUCAACACAGUGAACGGAUUAGACGACGACUACGACGACCGUCUUGCUUACGCGAAGGAUACUAAUUAAACACACCACCACAAUCAACAGCAGCAUCCAUCACGACCUCCAGGAGGUUGGGGAGACCGGAAGUGUGUCCGCGGCGUGAAAAUGUGAUGGAAUCAUCAUGUGGCGUAGUCAUCAGAGUUCCAAACAUUGCCGGAUAUUGUCACCAGAAAAACAAGCCAAAGCAUCAAAAUUCACUAGCAAGCAUCACCUGGUGAUAACUGGCCGGUGUCGUUGACAUUGUCCACCAUCCCAACAUAUCGGUCACCAACGGAAGUCAAACAUUCCAAGUGGUCAGCCCGAACACGUCACACCAGUGUGAAGCGACGUAGCAAAAGGCGGCCAAACAUCAAUCAUCCGGAUAAUUAAUUGACACAGUUUUCCACCGUUGAAAUUUAUGGUCCAUCUUUGCACCUCCAGAAGCAGAAGGAGAACAUCCAAGUCGAAGACUCAGUGGGCUUUCAGUGGAGCAGAGAUAAAAUGCUAAAGGAUCUCAUUGCGGCCGAAACGGUGACACCUGAAAAAUGUGCCGGAUGUGGGAUACCCAUAAGAGACCGAUACUACCUGCUGGUAGCUGACCGCGCCUGGCAUAACCAGUGCCUGCGCUGCUGCAAGUGCCUCGCGAACCUGGAAACGGAACUGAGCUGCUACGCGCGCGAGGGCAACAUCUACUGCAAGGAUGACUACUACCGGAACUUCUCGUCGCGGCGAUGUGCCCGCUGCGGGUCCGGCAUCAACGCGUCCGAGCUGGUGAUGCGCGCCAAGGAUUUGAUCUUCCACGUCAAUUGCUUCUCGUGCGCCAUCUGCGGCCAACUGCUCCGAGGCGGAGACACCGCCGGAAUCCGCGAGGGUCGACUCUUCUGCGGGGAACACUACGACACCGAUGUGCUCAGUGAACCAGAAACAAUUUCAUCACAGUUUUACCCCGGCGGAGGAGGAGGGACGCCAGGACGAGGAGGAGCCGAGUCCGGGGACGGUCCGGCGGAGCUUCAGCCCCUGCAGCCACAUCAGCAGCAGCAGCAGCAGCACUCCCAGAAAGGACGUCCCCGGAAGCGGAAACCCAUCGCACAGCUGCUAGAUGCCGGCCAGCAGCAGGGGUCACUGCAGAACCAGCCACCCCCGCAGCAGCAUGAUGGGCUGGACCCGGGGACGCCGCUGCGAUUAGACCUGCUGCACAAAGAGCUGUCCGUCAGCAGCCUCGAUCUGUCCUCGUACGACGGCAGCCAGUCGCCCGGUUCCGGCGGGACGCUCACCCCGAACUGCCGGACCAAGCGGAUGCGGACCUCGUUCAAGCACCACCAGCUGCGGACGAUGAAGUCGUACUUUGCCAUCAACCAGAACCCGGACGCCAAGGACCUCAAGCAGCUGGCCCAGAAGACGGGCCUCUCGAAGCGGGUGCUGCAGGUUUGGUUCCAGAACGCCCGCGCCAAGUGGCGACGGAACGUGAUGCGUCAGGAGGGCAGCCUGAUGAACCCGGGCGGCCAACCACUGGGCAGCCUGCCAUCGAUCACGACCGUAAGCCUUCACCACCACCAUCAUCAUUUUACCAGUGCCAUGUCCGGCGGGGGUGGCGUUGGCGUCGUAGGUAACAAUCCGAGCAAUACGAGCAGCAGCGACGGCGAUCUGUCCUCGAACCAGGCCCUGGAGGAAAUGCACAACAUGACCUUUGCCGAGCUGUACUGACACAAUCUGAUGAUCAAGAAUAUGAUUCUGUCAAAUGUGAUCAAACUGUCCCAGAACCAGCAGCACCCGAGAGGUCCCGAAGGAUCGUUGCCACCAGCUAAUCCGGGAGGUCAGGGAGAUCCGACUGCUGACCACCAAAUGACCCCACCGACGACCGCCACGACGGAAUCGUCCCCCAGCUGGAGCAAUAUUUACAGUGAAGCUAAUCAGUAGAUCAGUAGAAGAUGCACAUAAAUUUUGUAGAAAAAAUAGACUAAGACUAAGAGAGUAGAAUCGCAAGCGCUACAAAGUAUAGGCUAGGGGCGUGCAAUAGAAUUACCUACCGGGUGAUUAGAGCUGACACUAAUUGCUGGCAGUUUUAUCUAGUAAGUUGAUGAGGUUGACGUGUGAGUAGAUACGAGCGGAUAAUGACAAAAGUCACGCAAUUGCGGUCUCUCGAUACAAAGUAUGGCACAAAAGAGUUUCUAAAGCUAGUAAUUGAAUACGUUGAGGGCUGAUGAUGGUCACU